UAAAGACUAAACUUUAUGUUGGUGGCAAUAUACCACAGGAAACGAGACGGUGACCGCGAAAUGUGAAAUGUAUUUAUUUAUAAGUGAACAAGAACACCGUGAAAACCUUAUUUUACGUGUGUUCCGAUUUUUAAGAUAACGAUGAGCUGGGAAAUCAGCUGUGCCGAUAUGUGUCGUGCGUGCAUGAAGGUCGACGGCGUUCUUCUUCCUAUGUACGAUGACGACACUAUCAGUCAAAAAAAUUUACCCGAUAAGCUUGCCGAACUUACAUCAAUACAGAUUGACAGAUUCGAUGGUUUACCAAAUAUGCUUUGUGCAAAAUGUGCGUAUCGUACAGAUGCAUUUUAUGACUUUAAGCUGCAAGUUCAAGCUACUGAAAAAAAACUUCGUAAGAUGUUUGAAACUCAAAUGCGUUGGACCAUCAAGGAAGAGGUAAUGGGUAAUGAUGUAGAGCAAAUCUAUAUGGAACAGUCAAACGAGUUGUCAGAGGUAAAACUGUUAAAUGACAAACAGAAUUUAAAGUCUAUGAAUGGUGUAGAUAGUUCAGAAGAAUUUUUACCUGAAGAAAGUAGUAUAACGGUUAAAGGAGAACAUGUAUUAGAAAUUGAUGUAUCUGAACUAGUGGAAGGAAAUUCUGAAUUUAAUAAGGAUGAUAUAUCUGAUCUGGGAGGUAUUUUCAUUUCAAAACUUCCAAGGGAAGAAGUUGAUCAGAACAAACGGAUAAAGGAUGAAAUACCCAAUGAAAUUUCAAAAAUCUUGGAGUCCGAACACUUAGAUUAUACGAUAAUGUAUAUACCAGAAGAAAAUGUUUCCUUGGAGCACGUGAAUGUUGAUAAUGUGCUUUCUAGCGAAACAGAGGCUGCCAUUAAACUAGAAAAUAAUAAAAAAAUCUUUGAAGUUAAUUGUGAGGACGAAGUUUUGAAUGAAUUAGUGGACAAUGAAGAAUUCACAAGUACUGACUACAUUGAAAAAACUGACGAUACAGAAGUCAUCAAAGUAUGUAAUGACAAAAGGUCAUGGAAGAAAAGGGAAAAAGUAAAUGGAAGAAACAAAUCAAAGGUAUCACUGAAAUCGAACCAACAAGAGGAAGGCAGCGACGAUUCUGAUUCUGAUUAUUUUGUUGAUCCGAAAGACAAUAUACUGGGCAGUUUGAACGAUACAAUAACAAGAAUAAAGGAGAUCAAACUCGAAGAUAACACGAUCCAGUACCAGUGUACGUUGUGCUUGCAAAACUACGACAAGUUAACUGGUGUCUUAUUACACACUAUAGAUAAUCAUGUACCAAGCAGCGGACCAUUUUUUUGCGUCGUAUGCGAGAAAGAUUGCGAAAGUCACAGAGAAUUACGGGCACACGUGAAGACGCAUACGGGCCAAUUUCCGUAUUCUUGUUUCAUAUGUAAUAAAGCUUACACUAUGAAAAGAUAUUUAAAGAGGCACAUGGUGUGCCAUACAGAUUUUCCGAGACACCGGUGUCCGAAAUGUGGACUCAGAUUCAAAGUUAAAUCCGAACUGGAAUCUCAUAUAACGACACACAUACGCGGCGCGCCUUAUGCUUGCAGUCAGUGUCCACGAUUGUUUAAUCACAAAGGUAAUUACAAACGACAUUUAAUUACCCACUUGGAUCCGCAAGGUCUUCAUCUACCCAAAUAUCCCUGCAAAGUUUGUGGAAAGAGAUUUCCGAAUAAUCGUACCUUAGAAACACAUAUGCGUGUUCAUACUGGCGAGAAACCGUUCAAAUGCGAAGUUUGUGGAAGAUCGUUUUCGCAACAAGGCAAUUUAUUGAAUCACGUGAGGAUCCAUUCGAAUCCACGAAGUUACACGUGUGAAGUAUGUGGGAAACGAUUCAAUCAAAGGGCAACUUUAAGAGAUCAUAGUCUUUUGCACACGGGAGAAAAGCCGUAUAUUUGUAACGUUUGUGGAAUAUCAUUUACAUUCAGUGCUGCUUUAAGACGUCACAUGUGGACGCACACUGGUGGGAAACCGUUUGGGUGUGAAAUUUGUAAUGCUCGUUUCGUUGGAAAAUACGAUUUAAGAAGACAUAUGACGAUACAUACCGAUAGGCCUAGGGUAAAGCGAAGGAAAAAUCCGAACAAGUCGAACGAUGCACAAGAGAAAAUUAAAGAAGAAAACCUUGCUAUUCCUGAGCAUCCUGACACAGAGACCGUUUUAAUCGAAGAGGUUCUCUUAACUCAAGAUGUUACACAAGUUGUUCGACAACAAGAGUCUGAGAAAGAAAAUGUUGAUGCGCUUUUUAAUUUAAUACAGUAUGGUUAAGGAUAUUUGUCCUUUUGCACUUCAUCUCAUGCACAUCACCACCGACUUGACGUUCUCAUCAAUUUUUGAAUAAAUGAAUAAUGAAUUUGUUUAUAGAGUUAGCAUUGAAAUUACAAAAUGCGUGAUUACCUAAAAUAUGUCAAUAGUAAGAAUAAAUUAAUUUAUUUUCAACAAUAUUAUAUAAAUUUUUCCAAGUCAGUGUAUGUAAAAUAUUAGAAAUCAUUUGUCAGUCAUUUGUUAACGAGGAAUAUUUAAUAACUUUUAUAAAAUUUCAUAAACUUCUAAAAUGGUCAGAAAUAAAAGGCACGUAUUGUGUUUUUCAAUUCAAAGUAUUUUCUUGAACAUAUAAUUGGAGCAAGAAUGUUAAGUAAUUUUCGUGUAAAAAUAUUUGUACACUUUUAAAAUGUGAAAUAGUUAUUAUCGUAUUUAAUUUUUCUCGAGUUAUUAGAAAUUUUAUAGUCGUUUUUCACAACAACGAACGUUUCGAUACAAUGUAUAUUAAUAAAAUAAGUAUAAUCACAUUUAUGAUAAAAUGAAAAAUUGUUAAUAUACAUAUGUACAAUAAAAUUCUAGUGUAUAUACUUAUAACAAAAAAGUUAAUUUAAAUAUGCGUGCGUGUCUUUUAUUUUUAAUUUGGAUUAAUACGAAGAAGUUUUAUGAAAUUUAUAGAGAAAGAAAGAUUUUAUAGAUAUUUUUUUAGUAAAAUAAAAUCCAUUAUGAUAGCCCAUUCUAAUUUCAAUCUUUGCUUUUCAUGAUUCUUUCAUUACGCACGUAAUUGAAAUAUGUAUUACUUGCUCGAUAACGUCUUUAAACUCAUGAUUGCUCAAAUAUGUCGAUAAUUAAUAUUUUGGUUUUUCUUUAUCACAAUACUGAGAAGAAAACAUUUUUCGUACAUAAAUUAAUAAUAAUUUUGUUGUAACUCCUCAAAGAACAAUUGAAAACAAUUAUUCAAGGCAUAAUAAGAAUAAAGACGUUUAAAAAAUUAUCGAUAAUCAAGUAGAUAUAGGUAUGCAAAUAUUAAAUGUAAAACAAUAGUAAAGAUUAUUUAUAUGAUGUAAUAUUACUUAAUAAUCUUAUAUACAUGUAAUAUAAAGUACAGAAAUUAUUAUAUUAAAGUACACUUCAAUUCAUUGAACCAGGCACA